AUGGAAGGUGCUGAUGUACAAACUAAACACGACAGCGAUGAGGACAACUUUCCGAGACUAACAUCAAACCAAAACAACAUGGAGGUUAUUUCGUUGGAUGAUGAUGAAGAAACCAACAAGGCUAAUAACAGUGACGUUCCUCUGGCCGAUAACUUGAAACGCAUCGUGGAAAACAGAAGUCCAAUCAUUCGCCAUUCGAUCACCAAGAACGCGUUUGUGGAGAAACUACCGAAAGGAGAUCACAGCACAGAUUCUCCCGACUCCGAGGAUGUAGAGGCGAAAGGAAUGGGAGGAAGAGCCGAGUUUAACGGCGAGAGGAAACGAGGCCGCGCGGUGCAGGAGGCAGCAACGGCUAACCGCUUUAAUAGGUUCAUCAUGAUGUGGUCGUCCACAGUAUCAGAUGCUGUCGGUGUUCCAGGCUUGAAAUAUGUCGUCAGUAAUCAGGAUGGUAUCAUUCGAAGGCUAUUAUGGUUUAUUGCCAUCGUGGGAGGAUUGGUUGCAGCCGGAAACCAGAUAUGGGAAAGAGCGACCGUCCUUCUCGGUAGUCCAAAGACGGUCGACUUACGGGUUGUUUACGUCGAUAAGUUAGUAUUCCCCGCCGUUACUAUCUGCAAUUACAACACGUUCAGGGGCUCCUGGAAUGGUGAGGAAAUUACACCACUUCAUUUCACUACCACCAUAACGGACUUCGGCGUCUGCCACACGUUUAACGGAAGACAAGUCGGCCAAGAGGUACGACACGUGAAAGUUGGUGGGAAAUUGCAUGGCUUCAGCCUUCUCUUUAAUGUUCAACAAGAGCACUACUUCUUCUCCAAGAGAAACCGCGGGGCAGCUGGAGCAAUGGUCGCCGUACAUGACCAAGACGAAAUACCACUGGUUGAGUCAUCUGGAAUCGCUGUAUCGGCGGGAACCGAGGCAAGAAUCGCCAUACAAAGGAAAGAGACUCAAAAUCUAGAGCCUCCACACCAUCUGAGUGUCUGCGGGGCAAUAGAACUGAAGUAUUUCGACGCCUUCUCCAAGAAUAAGUGUCAAAUGGAAUGUUUAAUUGACCACAUUAUGGAAAUAUGUGGCUGUGUUGAACCAUACAUGGCAGAAUUUGCCACCGGCAAGAGAGUAUGUGGUGUGGUGGAAGUGUUUGAGUGCUCUGAACCCCACACAAGAGGCUUCAGCGUUGGAGAAGAGUGUACAUGUCCAAUACCAUGCAAUGUGACUCAGUUUGUGCCUUACGUCUCAACUGCCAAAUUCCCUUCUGAUUUUUACGCCGGCAGGCUGGCGGUUUCUCAUUUCGGCAGCAACAAAGCGACGAGUUAUUUUGGAACUAACUUGGUACUGCUUGAAGUGUACUACGAGGACACAACGAUCGAGCGGAGCACUCAGUAUGAAACCUACUGUUUCUUUGGAUUUCUUUGUGACUUUGGAGGUGCACUUGGCUUGUGGCUUGGAGGAAGUAUCCUUACACUGUUGGAGAUUGUGGAACAUGUGUAUUACACUAUGUUUGUCAAUAGUGAUGUAUCGACCUACACAAAAUAA